UAAGGGGAUAUUGCAUUAGCCGAAGAGCUCUGCAGCGCUCAAAGAAGUGAACUCCAACAAUGGCGAUGGCUGCUUCUGCUCGCAGCUCCAUGACCUUCCUUCUCUCUCAGCGGACCCUCUUCUUCUCCAAUUCCAUCAUUUCCUCUAAGCCCUCUUUGUCCUUCUCCCUCAAAAGCACUUUCAGCUGCCUCGCUUCCUCUGCAAGUUCUCUCCAAUCUUCCACUCUCGAGCCCCAAACCGCUUCUCGGCGCAACGUCGUCGAAAUUCUCGAAGAACGAGGCCUUCUCGAGUCCAUCACCAGCGACAAUCUCCGCUCUGCUUGUCUCAGCCCUCUCAAGGUCUAUUGCGGCUUCGACCCCACUGCCGAGAGCUUACAUUUAGGUAAUCUUCUUGGUCUCAUCGUCCUCUCUUGGUUUCGCCGAUGCGGCCACACCACCGUCGCUCUCAUCGGCGGCGCCACUGCCCGCGUCGGCGAUCCCUCAGGCAAGAGCCUUGAACGGCCAGAGCUCGAUCUCCAGACCUUGGAGACCAACACUCUCGGAAUUACAAAUAUUAUAACUAGAAUUUUGGGGAACUCGGGCUUGGAUUCCAAUUUUAGCUCUGAUUUUGUGAUUCUUAAUAAUUACGAUUGGUGGAAGGAGUUCAGAUUUCUAGAUUUCUUGAAAGAAGUAGGUCGGUUUGCUAGAGUAGGAACGAUGAUGGCUAAGGAGAGCGUUAAGAGGAGAUUGGAAUCGGAUCAAGGAAUGAGCUAUACUGAAUUUACUUACCAGCUCUUGCAGGGAUAUGAUUUUCUGUAUCUGUAUCAAAACCAGGGCGUUUCUGUUCAGAUUGGAGGAAGUGAUCAAUGGGGGAAUAUCACUGCAGGGACUGAGCUCAUUAGGAAAAUUUUGCCACAGGCUGAUGGCGUUUAUGGCUUGACAUUCCCUCUUCUUCUGAAGAGCGAUGGCACCAAAUUCGGCAAGUCCGUAGACGGCGCCAUUUGGCUUUCGCCAUCGAAGUUAUCUCCAUACAAGUUUUAUCAGUAUUUCUUCAGUGUCCCAGAUGCAGAUGUGAUUAGAUUUCUCAGAAUUCUCACGUUUUUGGAUAUUGAGGAGAUUCGAGACUUGGAAAGUCAAAUGGCUAGCCCUGGAUAUGUACCGAACACGGCGCAGAGGCGGCUGGCCGAAGAAGUUACUCGAUUUGUUCAUGGAGAAGAUGGUUUGAAUGAGGCCCUUGAGGCCACUGAAGCAUUGAAACCAGGAGCAGAGACAAAGUUGGAUUGGAAGACUAUUGUGGGGAUUGGUGAGGAUGUUCCAUGCUGCUCGUUGGAGUACGAUCAAGUGUUGAAUCUUUCGGUUGUCGAUCUUGCAGUUAUGUCUGGUUUGCUCGAAAGCAAGUCGGCUGCCCGUCGUUUGCUGAAGCAAGGGGGACUCUAUUUGAAUAACAGUAGAGUGGAUUCUGAGAGUAAAAAAAUUGAAGCUAUAGACAUUAUUGAUGGGAAAGUUCUACUUUUAUCUGCAGGAAAGAAGAACAAGAUGGUUGUGAGGAUAUCAUAACCGAGCUUAUUCAGAAACAGCUCAUUAUUUCCUAACCAACAUGUCUUAUAUUAUUAACUUUUGGAUGAAUUUUUUUGUUAAACUAUUUCAAGUUCACCGUUAAGGCCCCGAUCUUCGAAUUGAC